AUGAGUUCAAGUAUCAAAGAAAACACUUUUUUGAGCAAAACAGUUACUGUUUCACCCCUUGUGUUACUUUCAGUAGCUGACCACUAUGAUAGAGUAGCAAAAGAUUCUAAGAAAAGAGUUGUUGGUGUUCUCUUGGGAGAUAGCGAAUCCAACACUAUCAAAGUGACGAAUUCAUUUGCAAUUCCCUUUGAAGAAGAUGAGAAAAAUUCGUCAGUCUGGUUCUUGGAUCAUAACUUUAUCGAGUCAAUGACUGAAAUGUUUAAAAAGAUUAAUGCAAAAGAGAAACUUAUUGGAUGGUAUCACUCAGGGCCAAAACUCAGAGCCUCUGAUUUGAAAAUCAAUGACGUCUUCAAAAAGUUCACUCCAUCCCCAUUGUUGGUUAUUGUUGAUGUACAACCCAGAACUGUUGGUAUUCCCACGGAUGCUUAUUUCGCCGUUGAUGAUAUUAAGCACGACGGCUCAAAAGCGGAGAGAACUUUUGUUCAUAUACCAUCGUUGAUCGAAGCAGAGGAGGCAGAAGAAAUAGGAGUAGAGCAUUUGUUACGUGAUAUUAGAGAUCAAGCUGCUGGAAACUUGUCUCUCAGAGUCACAGAGAGAUAUCAGUCGUUGAUGGGUUUGCAUCAAAAAUUGAGAGAGAUUGCCAAUUAUCUCAGAAAGGUGAACGAGAAAGAACUUCCUUUGAACCAUUUGAUUCUCGGGAAAUUGCAAAAUGUUUUCAAUUUACUACCAAACUUAGCCCAGAGCACUGGCGAUUCUGAUAAAAUUUUUGAAUCUAUUGCAUCUGAAAGGGCUGAGAACAGCUCAAGCCCACUUGCAACUGCAUUUACAGUGAAAACUAAUGAUGAAAUGAUGAUGAUUUACACGAGUACUUUGGUUAGAUCAAUUAUUGCUUUCCAUGAUUUGAUUGAAAACAAAUUGGAGAAUAAAAAGUUGAUUGAGAAGCGAAAAGAGAUCCACACAUAA